AUGCAAUCGACCCAAACCCGAACCGUCAGAAAAUGCCGUACUGCAAUUCCCGACAAUGAAAAACAGACUCCUCUCACUCCAAUAGUCCUCUCGACCAACCCUAUCCAUCGUCAUUUGACAACUCCUGCUUCAGAUAUUUUGAGAAAGCGGCUCCGUACAAGGGCGGAACCGCCAUCUCCUGGCUCCCAUCUCAGAUCCACUGUCCAUCCUGACCUCAGAUCCGCUGCGAACGAGGAGAAAGCAGAGAGUCCGUGGAGCUUUACAUGGUAGUCUCCGGUGUCUUACACGGAAGGUCCAGAAGCGGAGCAAUGGCAACCAUGCGUAGUGCUUUAGGAGGGGUACAUGAAUGCACUAAAUAAACUUCUGAAGGUGCCUGUAGCAAUCAAUGGUUUCAGACCCAGCUAUCUUUGACAUACUGGUUUUGCAUUUCUUUUCAAAUGCAUACGUAUUUUGUUUUAUGAUUGCCUGUGCUAACAUGCUACUUACUACUGGCAUGUACUAGGAGAUAUUAGACUGUCUGCCUCUUAAGUUCAAUCAAAUAGUUUAGUACUUUAUCCACAAUUUCUGAAUAUGUUAAAUUGUUCACUCAUUGCUGUGUGAACCUCGGUGAUAGUUGUGGGCCAUUUUCUGAGAUCGUCUGUAGGGCCACUGCCUUGAUGAAGGAGAUGAUUUUCAUUUGAUGAUUGGAGCACUGGAAAUGCGAUGUGUAAUUUUAGGUUUCUCCUUUCUAGUAUUUAUUCAGUUAUUAUUAUUGGUGUUAUUAUUUUCAUAACCCUUUUGAGUUUGUAAAUGGCCAUUAUAAAUUUCCAUUUUUUAUUUAAAAUUUCACCUAGUUUUAUUUUUUUAGAGUUAGGUUAGUAGUGUGACAUGAAUUUAUUUUUAAUUUAUUGUUUCUGCCUAAUUAAAUUGUUUUUUAUGCAUGACGUUAAAAUGUUUGUGUUAGCUGAACAAAAGAGUAACGGUUAUCAAUGUUGUUUCAUCGUGACCUAGACGCCUAAAAUGUAUUUUUGUGGUUACACGUCCGGUGUACUUAAUGGUACUGAGUCUGAAAACAUUUUUGUAACGGGCUUGUUUCUAAUGUUGCUCUGUUUAAUUGGUAAUCGGGUUAAGGGCCCAAAAAUUAUUGUUAGAACGUGGUUAAGACCUCGAGAUUACUAAUCAAUUUUUUUUACGUCA